AUGCCCUCAAGGAGAGAAGAUGCAGCAGGGCGGGGGGAACAGCAAAGGGAAGAGCGGCAGACAACGCACAGACAGCGGCAAAGCGUUGCCGUUGCUGCCACUUUACCCCCUGCGCAAGUUGGCCCCGUAGGUGCGGUGGGCACCACAGGACAGCUUGAGCAGUUGCCACGUUUGCCUGCGACACACACAUUCCAAUGGGAUUUCAAUUACAUGUCGCUGCGAGAGCAGUUCCACAAUCGUGAGAGGCUCAUUGUGACCACUCGGCCCCCCAUCCUCGCCUCACCUGUGCUUGAUCGCAGCGAAUGGUUGUAUUCGCUCUUGGCGCCAUGUUUUUGUCUACGCGGGAAUGACCUGCCGGCAUACCCGCUUGAGUGCACAGAGAUGCUAACUCUCGGUAGGAGAAAAUUCGGCCCGGCAUCUUUUCCAGAGCCAAAAUGCACCUCUGCUUUUGGACAUCUCAUGUGGAGGAUUUUCUGCUUGCGUUGUAGUGUUGCGGAGCAGACGUAUCUUCUUUUUCGUGAGGAGGAGGAGCGUGGCCGUGAGCCUUACCGUAUGUGUUGCGAGGAUUUCUUUGGACGUGAGGGACGCAUGCCAAGGACGUUUUAUUACAUCUGCUUAUGCGACCUUUUCACAUGUGGUUGCCCCUGUGGGUAUUUUUAUCAUGGAUUAGGAACAGCGGCGUUUGGAUGGCGGCUGCGUUACCUUGUGCGGUGCCGCUACCGCCUGCAAGGGUCUUCUGCUGGAGAUUUUUUUACUAUGCUCUGCUGUCCGUUGUUCGCGGUGGAUCAGCAAGGGCUAGAGAUGAAGAUGCACGACAACUUAGAGAUCCGUGACUUCCGUGCCGUCAUGGUGUAG